AUGUUCGCGAUGAAAAGUAAAAGAUAAGAUUAAAAAAAACCUUUAUUAGUCUCGCAAUGGAGAAAUUCACGAUUCACAGCAGCAAAGUAAUGAUUGGAAGAAGUACAACAACAAAAUAUAGGAGCUGCUGGAAAGGCAGCCACUCACGCGGCACCAUUUUGAAGUCAAAAUAUCAAAAAUAACACAACACAACACAUAGGACACAGACAGUCGUGCAAUCUUCCCCACUUUUCUGCAUACACUUUGUUGUCUGAGGCAGUUAUAGAUGAAAGAGGAGAGGAUCAAAGUCUCCUUUCACCAGUGGAUCAGAGCCAUAAUGCUGAAAAUGUGCAUACGUCUGCUACAAGCUAAGUUUUGAAAACAAACAUGAAGCUGUAACGUCCAUUGACGAAAAAGAGAUUGGCUCACAUCUCCUGUCUCAUGUAAAUCCACUUCAAUUCCAAGCCGCAACUCGCAUUUCCACGUCCGCAUCGGUGCGCCACGCUAACGCUCCUUUCUUCUCAUCGUCGGUUCCUCAAGCCUUACAUCCAUCCAGCCGCAGACCAUUCAACAGCACAGAUCUCUGCGCUGAACAAAGUGGGGAUGUGAAAAAUGUUGCCCAUAACAGGCGCAAGAAUCAAGCGCCCCGGGACUGUCCAGCAACGACAUUCCUCCCAGUCAAAAACGGUACUAGUAUACCCAUGCUGCCGAGAAGGCGCAACCACCAAGCACAGAGUUUCCUCCUUGAUGAAUGUUGUGGCCAAAAGAUGCUGAAAAAAGUCCACAUCAGGUCCACACGACGUAACAACAAACACAAAGUGACAAACCAAACCAAAAAAAACAACAAAAAAAAGCAAGGCUCAUGAGAGCACUUGCCGACGGCUGGCUACUCGGGUGCCAUUUUGACUUGGGAUAGAAAAUUGAAAGAUAUAAAAGGGUAAAUGAGAAGGAUCCAUAAAACAAAAGGGUAUAUCAUUUUCACGCAAUGACAUUAUCCCGUAAGCGCAUUUCUAAAGCUAUUCUCUUUUUUAGUGUCUAUCAUCGGAUCGUCUUCCGCAAAUUGAUCAGGUCCCGAGGUUCGACUUGCCUGAUUAAUAAUAAUUUUUUUUCCCUUUUUGGUUUUUCUGUAUUUCAUCGCAUAUAUUAUAUAUUAUAUUAUAUAUUAUACGUUUCAUCUAAUCAACCCAGUCUGUCACCUGGUUCCUGCCUGUCCGUCACAACAGAGCAGGUGAGGAACCAACUGAAGAAGAUGAAUGUGAGGAAGGCAGCAGGUCCGGACAAGAUCAGUUCCCGGCUCCUCAGGAUCUGCUCUGACCAGCUGUGUGACAUUGUCCAGCACAUGUUCAACCUGAGACUGAAGCUGGGCAUAGCUCCACAGCUGUGGAAAACUUUGUGCCUGGUCCCAGUGCCCAAGACCCCACCCUAAGGAGCUGAAGAGCUACAGACCGGUGGCGCUGACGUCUCACCUGAUGAAGACGCUGGAGAGACUCGUCCUCGCCCACCUUCGACCACUGUGCCUUCAACACCAUCCAGCCCAACUUGCUGGGAGGCAACUGCAGAACGCCGGAGUGGACCACCAUCUCACAGCAUGGAUCAUAGACUACCUCACAAAUCGGCCGCAGUACGUGAGAUUGCAGAGCUGUGAGUCGGACAGGCUUCUCUGCAGCACUGGAGCGCCGCAGGGGACUGUUCUGGCUCCAUUCCUGUUCAUCCUCUACACCUCAGACUUCAGACACGCCACUCCAAACUGCCACCUUCAGAAGUUCUCCGAUGACUCUGCGAUUGUUGGCCUCAUUACAGAGGGGGACGAUCGGGGGUACAGGGGACUGACCUCCAGAUCAACCCUAGGAAAACUAGGAGUUGGUGGUGGAUUUCUGCAGGAAACAUCCUCACCAGCACCGAUGAACUUCCAGGGUAUGGGCAUAGAGAGGGUGACCUCCUACAAGUACCUAGGUGUUCUUCUGAACAACAAAUUGGACUGGUCUACAAACACGGACGCCCUGAUUAGGAAAGGUCAGAGCCUCUUCCUACUCAGGAAACUGAGGUCUUUUUGGGUCCAGGGGUCGCUCCUUAAGACUUUCUGUAACUCGGUGGUGGCCUCGGCCAUCCAUUAUGGUAUUGUCUGGUCAGGCAGCAUCUCAGCCCGGGACAGAAAGAGAUUGGAUCGACUGGUCAGGAAGGCCAGUUCUGUCCUGGGUUGCUCCCUUGACACUCUGGAGGAGGUGGGCAACAGAAUGAUGCUAACUAAGCUAAAAGCUAUGAUGGCCAGUCCCUCCCAGCCGCUCCAGCCCGCCCUGAUAGCACUUGGUAGCUCCUUCAGCCAGAGACUGUUACACCCGCCCUGCAAGAAGGAGAGAUACCGACGCUCGUUCCUACCGACUGCUGUCAGGCUGCUGAAUAAAAAUAACAACAAUAAUAAUAAUUAUAAUUAAAUGAUGUGAAAGACAAUUGUAAAUAGCACUGCGAUUUAUCCAUUUUGUAUUUAUUUUGCCCUUAAUUGAAUGGUGUUUGUUGUUUUUUUUUUCUUCUUUCUACCCACAUUCUUGCUGCUGGAGGCUGUAAAUUUCCCCAGUGUGGGACAAAUAAAGGAUAUAUUAUCUUAUUUUA